GGCGCCGCCUUGUGGGGAUUUCUUAUUGUCAUUUGAGAGUUUUUUUUUCACGGUAAAGUGGAGAAGCUUAAAAAUUUUGGGAAGAAAAUCCCCAAAAAAUAGGUGAAAAAGUGAACAAAUAGCCUUAUUGAGGGUUCUCAAGGACACCCAUGGAGACGACAAAUCGUACAAAUCAACUCCAUGCCACCAAUACGACGGAUUUGGGCUUCCUCAGCAGUAGCGAUGAGGAGGACGAAGAAUUGGGAAAUUCAGCACCUGAAAGUGGAAACACAUCAAAUGGCCCACUCAAGUGUCGUGAAUGUCAACUGUCCUUUGAUCUCUACCAAACGCUCCAAUUGCACAUUUUAAAUGUCCAUCGAAUAGACCAUGCAGCCCCAUUCAAUAGUAGUGAGGAUGAGUAUGGGGCAGAAAGUGAGGAUCACACGCAAGAGGACACAGAUGAACCCUUAAAUGUUAUUGGGAGUGAUCCUGAUGAAGUACCCGAUCCUAAACCCUUCAAAUGCACCCGCUGCACAAAAUGCUUCAUGGUCUCCAAACAUUUAGAGAUGCAUAUGCAGGUUCAUGAAUUAAAGCAAAAAACAGAGGCAGCCUAUAGGGGUGCGGCUGCUCUCCGUGGGGGUGGUGUCUAUGAAUGUCGCUUCUGCCAUGCACCCCAGCGCAGUGCAUCGGGGCUCCGAGCACACGAGAGGCGCCACCUGAGAGUCACAAAGAGUACAGAGAAGCUCAAGAUUCCACCCAAAAAGAGACGGAGUCGCUCAAGUCGGGCUGCAGCUGCCAAAUCUCCCGGAUUCUGUGCUGAGGACGAUGACAAUGAUGACAGGGAGAGUAAGGAGUCCGAUGAGUGGAGCAAUGAGGACUAAAUAUCGGGGAACGGGCUUUGGGAGUGGGGAGGGGGGUGCUUAACAUCGCAUUAUACAUGAUUCUCAAGAGAAAACUAAGGGAAAAAAUUGUUACUUACAUCCGGGCGCAGUGCAUCGCUGAGCGGCUGAAUCGAGAAAUUCCGGCAACUCGAUGGGUUCGAAGCAACAUUUUAUCAUAGAAGACAUUUUUCUUUAUAACUUUUAUUUAAAUUAAAAAUCAAUUUUCCCGCGCGCUUUAUCACCACAAAAAAGAACACUCACAAUUUUUUUUUCACGUUGGACACACUCACACAAAUUCACGAUUUUCUACUCUUUUUCUUGGUAGCAUGAAGACUUUUCUCUUUUUUUUUUUUAAAUUUUAUAAAGUUAGGAUAUUUUUUUUAUUUUGCCAAAAAAAAUGUCUUUUAAUUAUGUGCCUCUGCAGAGAUUUUUUUUGCGGGCAGAACAUUUGUGAAAGAGAAGAAAGGAAGCACACAGUUAUUGCAAAUUGUAUAGUGGGGCAAUGUUUGUGAAAAUUGCAAUUUUCUCCGUGUCUUUUACUUUUUAGGACAAUGUGAUUGUGAGGAAAUUUUGGAAAAACAAGAAAAAAAUAUGGUAGAAUAAGGAAAAAAAUAGUAUGAUUGGAAAAGUAAAAUAAAAUUUAUCAAGAAAAUAAAUAGUGAAGAAUGAAAA